GAAGGAGCCCGCCCGGCCGCGCCGCAUGUCCGGGCUGCGGAGGGCGGCCCUGCUGGGACUCGGCCUGCUGCUCUCGAGGGCGGCGGCUCCUGCCGGACGCUGCCAGGCCCGCCUCUGGCCGCCUCUCCAGGCCGCCGCCAUGCAGAGCGCCGCGGGCGCGCAGGGGCUCAAGUACCUCGGCCAGAAGGAAGCUCAAGCCAUAGACCAAGAGCUGUUUGAUGAGUACAAAUUCAGUGUUGACCAGCUGAUGGAACUGGCUGGGCUGAGCUGUGCCACAGCCAUUGCCCAGGCAUACCCAAGCAGCUCCUUCACCGUCAGCCAGCCAGCUGUGUUGAUUGUGUGUGGCCCCGGGAACAACGGCGGAGACGGCCUGGUUUGCGCGCGGCACCUAAAAAUGUUUGGCUAUGAGCCAACGCUGUACUACCCCAAACGGCCCAGCAAGCCGCUCUUUGAAGGUUUAACUACACAAUGCAAGAAAAUGGACAUCGUGUUCCUCUCGGAGUUUCCAUCAGAAGCUGCACUCAUUGACGAAAUCUAUGGCCUGGUGGUGGAUGCCAUUUUUGGGUUCAGCUUCCAAGGGGCUGUGCGGGAGCCCUUUGCCACUAUCCUGGCUACGUUGGAGAAGGUCACCGUCCCCAUUGUGAGCAUUGAUAUUCCAUCUGGCUGGGACGUGGAGAAAGGCAACCCUGGCGGGCUGCAGCCAGACAUGCUGAUCUCACUCACUGCACCCAAGAAGGCAGCGAAGCAGUUCACAGGCCGCUACCAUUUCCUGGGGGGCAGGUUUGUGCCUGCAGCGCUGCAGAAGAAGUACUCGCUCAACCUUCCUCCCUACCCGGAGACGGACUGUGUCCUGCGUCUUUCCUAGAGGCUGGCCCAGCUGGGGGCUUCUGUUUCGGUGGGCUCUGGAGGAGGAGAGAUAGGGAAGAAAUAGGCUGGGUCGGGGAACUGCGGGUGAAGACGUGAGGGUUCAUCAUUUCAUGUCGUGAACUAGGCUUUUUGGUAGCAGCACUGGUUCCUCUGUGGCCACGUAAGCUGGCCAUGGAGAGGAUCUGGGAAGGAGAGAGCGUUCAAACCUCCUCUCUCUGCGAAGAGAGAACUCAACUAAGUGACCGCUCCAGAUCUGGCUCAUAAAGCUCUGAGCAAGUUGGUGGGAAAAGAGUGUUUUCCACCCAGUUGCAUCGGUGAUUCUAGGCCAAGGAAGGAGACGUUCAGGGGCAAGGUAGGUUUGCUCUCAAAGCCUGGGCAAAGAAGUUGCUUUGCUAGAAUCGAAAUGAUCCUGAGCCACAACGUCUCAAGAUAACUAAAGGUCCUUGUUGUCCUUCAA